UCGUGUAAACGUCACCCAGGCGAGUUAGCGAGUGGAGGAUUUUCUCAAGUUUUAAAAAUCCCAAUUAAUUCGAAAAUACUUGUAAAGUUUGUUAUGCGCAUAUAAAACUCAAAUGAAAAUGAGGAUUACAAACGUAAGACGUGGUAGGAUUGUGCGAAUGGGAGCGGGAUGCGCUGUUUUGUUACUUUUAGUUUACGCUCUGCACAAAUGGUCUAGCGAGAAUAACUCGUAUGUUGCUGACGAAAUGAUCGACUCAGAAGCUCAAGUUGGUUAUUAUAAGUUCCAUCGUGAUGUGUAUCCUACAUUAAAAUCAGAACUGGGCAACUUUGAACCGAAGGACUUAAGGACGGUGAAAGGUCCAGGAGAAGAGGGGAAGCCGUACCACAUGUCUCAGGACCGAGCCAACGACAUCGCAGAGUCCGAGAGUGAAUAUGGCAUGAAUAUUGCUGCUUCUGAUGACAUAGCAAUGAACAGGUCUAUCCCAGACACUAGGCUGGACGAAUGCAGAUAUUGGCACUAUCCUGAGGACUUGUCGAGUACUUCUGUGAUCAUCGUCUUCCACAACGAAGGCUUCUCAGUGCUGAUGAGGACAGUCCACACGGUCAUAGAGCGCUCCCCGCCGAAUGUACUGCACGAAAUUGUUUUGGUCGACGAUUUCUCCGAUAAAGAAAACCUGAAAAGCAACCUCGACAACUACAUAAAACGAUUUAAAGGCAAAGUGCGACUUAUCCGCAAUACUCAAAGAGAAGGAUUGAUCCGUACGCGAUCUAGGGGCGCCCAAGAGGCUACGGGCGAAGUCAUAGUCUUCCUUGAUGCUCACUGCGAAGUCAACCUCAACUGGCUUCCUCCUCUCCUCGCUCCCAUCUACCGCGAUUACAGAAUCAUGACAGUGCCCGUCAUAGACGGAGUAGACCACAAAACCUUCGAAUACAGACCGGUGUACCAGCACGGCACAAAUUACAGGGGUAUCUUCGAAUGGGGUAUGCUUUACAAAGAGAACGAAGUGCCUGAGAGGGAAGACAGUCGUCACAAACAUAAAUCAGAACCGUACAAAAGUCCGACACACGCUGGGGGUCUAUUCGCAAUCAACAAACGGUACUUCCUCGAAAUUGGAGCAUACGACCCCGGUUUACUGGUAUGGGGUGGCGAGAAUUUCGAGUUGAGUUUCAAAAUCUGGCAAUGCGGGGGCAGUAUCGAAUGGGUGCCGUGCUCGAGAGUCGGCCACGUUUAUAGAGCGUUUAUGCCGUACUCCUUUGGCAACCUGGCCAAGAAUCGCAAGGGGUCCUUAAUCACUAUUAACUAUAAGAGAGUUAUUGAGACGUGGUUUGAUGAGGAGCACAAGGAAUACUUUUAUACCAGAGAGCCAAUGGCGAGAUUUUUGGACAUGGGCGACAUAAGCGAGCAAGUUGCUUUGAAAGAAAAGUUGAAGUGCAAGAGCUUCGGAUGGUUCAUGGAGAAUGUGGCUUACGAUGUAUACGAUAAGUUCCCGAAGCUUCCGAAGAACAUUCACUGGGGGAUGGUGAAGAAUAAAGCCACUGGGGUUUGCUUGGACACCAUGGGCAAGGCUGCACCUGCUUAUAUUGGUACGUCAUCGUGCCAUGGCUCUGGUAACAGCCAGUUGUUCCGGCUCAACGAAGCUGGUCAGUUAGGCGUCGGCGAGCGCUGCGUGGAAGCCGACACCGACAGCGUAAAGCAGGCCAUCUGCCGCCUCGGCACCGUCGACGGGCCCUGGAGGUACGAAGAAGAAAACAGCCAGCUGAUCCACCGACUGCACGGCUACUGCCUCACGCUGCAGCCCCACGCGAGGACACUCGGCCUCGCGCCGUGCGACUCUAGAAACACGUACCAGCAGUGGACCAUCUCGCACAAGAAGCCCAACUGGUGAGCCGGUAGUUGACGCGACGACGCGAUGAUGAAACGAGCAACAUUUUUAAAGCAAUAUCUUGCCAAAAACAAUGUAAAUUGGUACCAAAUAGACGGGAUAUUACUUGGCAAUAUUGCCAAAAAUGAUGCUCGUUUUCUACUUAUCUUUAGAUAAGACCCUUCUUCCACCACCUUUUAAAUAAGCACCGUGGCCCGAUUCCGAACUAUUCAAAUAUAGUGAAACUGGAAAAAACUAAAGGAAGAAUUCUUAUUAAUAACGCAAAUCGAGUUUGGAUAGAUAAGUAUUGAUCCAUAAACUGCUAGUAGUCUAUCUAUUAUUGUUGAAUUAAGAUACAAUCUGAGGGCUUAGGCCCAGAACAGACGGUGAAACGCAACUGCAACGAAACUGCAACUGCUAGUUACUUUUGAGUUGCAUCUAAGUUUCUGCCAUAGCGUCCGUUGAGAGACCACACAUGACUCGACCAGUUUGAAACUUUAGUUUCAGUUUCAUUCAUCAGAAAGUUGCAGUUUUGUUGCAGUUGCGUCUCACCGUCUGUUCUGGGGCUUAGUGUGAGUUUACAUCAAAAGUCCUCACUAGUGAGCGCGUUAAAAAAAUGUAUGAAAAUUUUAGUUCUUGAAAGUUUCCGCUUGGGGCGCUGUACAAUCCGUCAUACAUUUAAUGUCAUUUUUUUACACGCUCACUAAUGACGACGUUUGAUGUAAGGCUAGCGUCCACAUGUCGGUAUCGUACGCAUCGGACGUAUCGCACGCAACGGAUCGUAGUAUUAUUUAUAUAGAAACUCAUAUAAGUGCGUCCACCUGUCCGCAUCGUACGCAUCGCACAUCCGAUACGAUGUGUUUUGUACAAUGCGUCCGUUGCGUACGAUACCGACAAGUGGACGCUUAGCUGUAAACUCUCACUACGCCCCCUGUUUGGUUAUACACCCUGAAUAGUAACCAUUGUUGUGGAAUCGGGCCUUUAGUUGUUCAUGUACUGAGUAAAAUGUAAAAUACGAUGUGAUGCUCUUUUAGGUAGGUACUAUGUCUUACGUCUCUGACUCGAGAUGGUACUGUCACUGAGUGAAAGUGAGAGCCAUCCACCCGUAUUCACAAACGAUGCUCGCUUAAGUGAAGCAGCAAAUCGAACGCACAGCGUUGAAUAGAGCUCUGUUGGUUCGUGUGUCACCCUGUGCGUCCACGCGCACUGCAAGAUAUCAUAGUAAUAUUUGUGAAUACGGGCGUUAAUCUAUCGAAUUGAAAUGAAUUCAAAAUUUUGGGAAAUUAUCAGGGGUUUCUACAAAAAUACCUCUUUCUUUUUAGUUAGAUAAUUCAGAUGCGUGGGACAUCUAAAAAAGUUCCUCUUCGUCAUUUUGGAAGUGUAGGUACGAUAAUGAUAAGAAAAAUUCAAGACCGAUUUAAACGUGGUUCAAUUUAUUUGGGAUGUAUUUUUAAUAUUAAAACCAUUAAGUAAGUUUAAUUGCUGAUAAGGACGUAGUUGUCUAGCAAUGCUUCCCAUUUCAUAAUAUUAUGUAUUGUAUGUAUAUUUGGUAACUAUUACAUUGUUCAUUAACGUUAAAAUGUAUUGAUAGACAAAAUUUCAUUAAAAAGGUACAUCUUCAGUCCAAAAGGGGUGUAAAAAAUGCUAAUAUUGUAGAAUAGAUAUUGUGCCACAAGAUAUAGAGAUGUUUUAUCAAUACUCAAAUUUUUACUCAUACAUCCAUUUGGUUCGAAACACGUUUUAUCUAAAAGGAAAAAUAACAUUGAAAUGGGAGUAAGCUAUAAAGUUUUCAAACGUAAAAUCGCCAAUUAUAACUCACUGCCAAGCAUUUAUUGGCUAUUUAAGUUUGUACUUAAUUAUGAAGUAAACAUUUUUUGAGCAUAUACGAGUAGAAUCUCAAAAACAUUUUACUUAAAUAUUAGUGCUACAUAAUUAUGUAUGCUAGAGUAUAUUAUUAAUUGAUGCUCGAACAUCGGCAUAAUAUCUGUAUCUAAAUUUACGUGAUUUAAAGCAAUAAUUAUUAUUAUUAUAUUUUACUAUAUUGUAGUUUUAAGUUUAUACUUGAACUGGAGUAUUGUACAGUCUACAGCACAUAAAUUAAACCAUGUGGAUAUGCCUCAUGUAAUGGUAAUACCGGAAAACUGCGUGGGAUGUCCACCCACAAGGUGGACCGAUGACAUCAUAAAGGUAGCAGGACGCAGGCCGCUACCAACCGGGCAACAUGGAAAGCAUUGGGGGAGGCCUAUGUUCAGCAGUGGACGUCCUAUGGCUGAAAUGAUGAUGAUGAAUGUUAAUAAAUGCGAUUUUGCAACAGAAAUGUUUAAACUGGUGUGCUGUGGCUGUAACAUUCUAAACAUUUUUGCUCAAAGCAUCAUGAAUUGAAAAUUAUUUAUGCAUUUUAAUAACUUUUAUCUGUAUUUUAUUUAUUUGUAUUAUAAUAUUAAGAAGUUUGAAUUAUAUUUAAAUAGACAUAACGACAUAACACCGCGAGCAUUUCAUUAAAAUACUGUUAUUUCUACUAAAAUAGGUAUGCCUUACUAAAAUAGUAUGUCCAUUAAAGAUAUCAUAAAUGUAAAUAAAUAACUAAUUUAAUUUAAGUAAUAUUUCUUUUAGUUACCUGAUUCUUAAUCUUUUCUAUCUAUCGUAUCUCUUUUAUGUUUUUCCGUUUUAUUUAUGUAUUAAAUAAGUAAAAUAAAAAAUAAUGCUCACUUACCAGAAGAGACUAUGAAUUUAUUUGCAUUUAUUUAGAAUGAAGACCCUUAUCUAUUAUAUUGAUUAUUUUAAGUUAUGUAAAGAUAUUGACUGAGAAAGGUCACUUUAUUUUAUCUAUCCUAUAAUUUGCCUGAUUAUACAUCAUUCCAUUAUAACAGCAUAGGUAAAUAAUUGAAGCUAAUAGAAAUGAAAGUUUUUUAACAACAAAAUUAGGUAUGUUUUUUCAUAAUUACUCAGUCGAUUUCAAUGAAAGAUGAAUUAUAAAGUUAGGUUUCUAGAAAGUCACUUUAAAAAUGUAAUAAUCAUGUAAAAUGCAUUUUUAAGUAUACUGGCCCAAUAUAAAGAAUAUUGUAUUUGACGCAAUUUAAUUUCAGCGGUCCAUUUUAAAGUUAUUAUCAUUAUUUAUCAUAUCAUAUAUUUUAGCAGCAUUAUUAUAAUAUUUUCAAGAUAUUUACGUAUCCAUAAACGAAUAUUUCAUAUUAAAAUAAUAUUAUAAUGAGUUGAAUGUCACAAAUUAGACUGAUAUCGAAAUUAAAUGUAACAAUAUAUGUAAAUGAUGUGAAAUAAAUGUAAAUACCUACAAACAAACAUUUUAUACUGGUAUCUUCUAUAAUAAAAAUAGAAUGCUGGAAAUAGUUUAAGCACUAACUGACAUUAUUAUACUAAUUCAAAUUAAGUAAAAGCUUAUAAUAAGCCUCAAAGUUUAAGCAAAUAAGAAUUAAUAUAAGAUAACGAAAUUUCAGAAAAACAAAUUGAACUAGUGGAUGUAUGUAUUUAUUGCAAUAAAAUUCUUACUGUGAUCAUCUUGGAAAUUUUAUAAACCCUACAUGUAUGUAUAGGUAGUUCUAAACUUAAUAUUCAAUAAAUAAAUUAAUUAAAAGA